AGACGAUGCGCAGCGACGGCGGCGGCGGCGAUUGUUAGUGUUCGCGCGCCGUAGCGGGUUUUAUUCGGUCCGCGACGUUUAGUAGCCGUAGUCACGUGCCCCGUGCGUACCGCUGCCGCUCGCAGUCCGUCGCAACACGAUAUUUAUACUAUCCAAACCUAUAGUACGUUAUAGUAGUUACUUUUCCACGGCGCUCGCAAGAGAGCAGGUCUCUCCGUAUUACCGGUAAAACGGACUUUUGGUCCGGAAGCAAAACGCAUACGGAAAAAAGACGAAAUUUUAAUCGGCCGUUACACUCUAUACCCGGUCGUUUGUCGGUGGCGCGCGCGCGCGCGCUUUAUAGUCGCCCAUCAACCCGAAGACGCGACGACUUUCGAGCCGGAACUACUGUGACUACCGUAAGCGUGAUCUACACGUCCGUCGAACGGAAGCGACGACACAGCCAGAUAUGGAGUCUCGUCUGCAACCGCGGUCGACGUCCCGGUCCGACCGCUAUUACCGUAGCCGUCGCGCUGCCUUCGACGCUUUCCCGAUGACGUCGACGCUCGUGGCCGUCUUCUUUUCUCUGGUCGUCUUGCAGAUCGUAUCCAACACAGACCAAGCGGCGUUGAACCAUAUAGACGUCGUGCGAGUGGUCAGGGUGGACGUGCCGCCGGUGGUGCGGUCGUACGACGCCAAACCCGACCCGGCGGCCGGCGGCUCGCCACCGCCACUGCUGUUGGGCUGCGUUUACGCGCUGGAGGGCGGCGAGAACGACGACGAGAACGGCGACGUGGUCCCGGCCACACAUCCGCCGCUGCCGGCCAACGGAAGCGCGUCCGCGGCCAACAGCGCCCGCGACCGGAGGUCGUCGUCGCCGGCACCGGAUCUGGCCAUGGACGCGGCCAUGGAGCAGUUGCAGAAGGAACGCGGCCUGGUGGUCAAGUGGUACUUCCGGCGGAACCCCGUGCCGGCGGUGCCCGACGACGCGAUGAUGGCCAUCAUCAACGACAACGAACAGGUGUACCAGUGGAUAGCCGGCGGCGGUCCCGAGGCGGGCGGCGGUCUCGGCCCGCUCAGCGGUCGCACCGUGGACGUCACCGCCGAGACGCCGCGCACCGACCGGUCGUUCCUGCACCGGGUCCUCCUGGUCGAGCGGCCCACCGCCGAGCUGACCGGCGAGUACAGGUGCCAAGUGGAGGACUGGAACUCCGAACGCCGAUCGGCCUGGCACCCGAUGGUCGUGUACACACCGGAGCGGAUUUUCAAAAUAUCCGUCGACGAUAACGACGACGACGACGAGGAUGAUAUUGCGGAGGGCAGUGGUGGCGACGUGAAUUUCACAACUCUGACGCCGCCGACAAGCAGCAGCGCUGCACCGACUGGCCCGAAAAAUUGGCCGACCGAAAUCAACAUCACGUGUUACGCCGCCGGCAUGCAUCCCGAACCGUCCAUGAGCAUUUGGGUGAACGGAGUGCCGCUGGAUUCCGUCACGUCGGUGGUCACUGAGGACGACGGGGACGACGACGAGACCAACGACGGCGUGCAGGCGGCCAACAACGCGACGAUGACGCCGUCGACCACGACCGCGACCACGACGACCACGACGACCACCGCCAAACCGAAGUCGGUGUACAGGAACAACCGGUACAGGAGCGGCAACAGGGACGCCGAGUACAAAAAGUACGCGGUGCGCGCCACCAGCGUGGUGUCGCUCAAGGACGCCGAGGAGUACCGGAACCGGAAGCCCAACCAGCACCACCGCCGGCGGAACACGGUGGACGUGGAGUGCCGGUUGCGCGUGCCCGGCGACGGUGCCGGCGACGGUUACUGGAAAGCCGACCGGCCGCCCGGCCGCUACUACGCCGUCCGGAAGUCGGUGGCCUACAAGUACCGCAACGACGUGCCGCCGCCCGGCGACCCGUUCGCCGCCGUUUCUUCCGCUUCGUCGGUGGCCGACGACGACGACGACUCCGACAGCUACGGGGCCGACCGCGGCGCGAACGGCGCCUCGAACGGCCAGGACGCCGACGGCCAGGACGACGCCGAGUCCGCGGCCACCAGCGCCACCGCCGCCGCGUCCUUCUUCGUCGUCGUCGCCGCCGCCGCCGCCACAGCCGCCGCCGACCGACGUUGAGGCGCUCGACGAUGUCGCGCGAUCCUUUCGCCCACUCCUCAGCCGCCCUCCCCUCGCCACCACCCCGCCCGGCCCACCGCCAACCGUCGUGUGGUGUAUUAGUGAAAGUAUAUUAUAAUAAUUUUAUCAUCAUCAUCAUUAUUACCUAUUAAUAUUACGACGACGACGACGACGACGACGACAACGACGACGACGAAUAACAUAAUAUUGUAAUACAUUAUAAUAAUAUGAAUCGCGUGUUUUUGCGGAGUUAACGAAAGCAAACGGUUUGUCGACGCGCCAAAUCCGAAAACCGACUUCAUCAUAACGCGCAUUGAAAAAGUACGGUAUACGAGUAUACGUAUAACCGGGUGUGUCAGAAAUGCUGUAGGUACGGCCGUUUAAAAAGUCGGUCGGUGACGUGUUUUUUAGUAAACUGCGUUUUUCACGUAAUAUUAUAUACCAAAAACGGUUGUUUAUGAGCCGUUUGCUUUCAGUACCCCCGCGAAAACGAUGUAAAUUAUACGACGACAUAGUGACGCGCACAGUGUAAACUUCCUGUAGUUUGCCCAACACACCGACUAAUCACCUAACCACCCCCCCUCACCGUUUUGAACCGACGACUUGAUUAAAAGUCUUGUUUAACCGUAUUUUUACCUGACCGCAGUUAUAUUGGUAUUUAAAUAUUAUCGCCAUAUCGUUAACUAUUAAAACAUAGUAUUUCCUACGAUUUUGUCGUCUUUCCAAUCCGGAACGCUCAAAAUUUUUGAGAUUUGAAAUUUCACGAGUAGUGCUUCAGAUCACAUCUAUUUCGACCAAUAAUUGCCUGCAGGCUGCAAGUAGAGAUUCUAUACCAAGCUUCCCCUCUAUAUUAUACUAUUGGUCGUUUCGUAUCUGAGAGCAGAGAGUGUGCCUGUCAAACUUAGUCUCCCCUUCUGCUGCUUCUCGUACACAUUCGUCCCGUUUUUUGUGCCCCGUUUCCCUCCUACUACCUAUAUCGUAUGACUAAUAUAACAAUCUCUCAGAUUCCUAAAGCGGAUUCCGCUCGUUAUAAUUGCAUAAACGUAAUUAUAAAUAACAAUAAUAAGCUCAUCUUAAUACCUUGUUUCGUAUUCAUCGCGUCUGCUUUAGAAAGACAAACGGUUAUCCAAAUCAAUUCUUCUGUGGAGAAAAAACCAGACAAAUUUUCUUUUCAACUAAAUCUUCUUUUUUUUUUUUUU